GACCGCCACAGAAAGGCUUGGCUUUAAGAACACAGACUUUUAAAGACCAGUGCUGACAGAAAAGGUUCUGGGCUGAACCUGAUGGACUAUCAGCUUUAACGUUAGUGUCUUCUUCUCCUCUGCGUGUGACCGGGUCCAUCUGACCUCUGGACCUGCUGAGUGAUGGGAAUGCAGCCGCACAGGCCAACUCUCGCAGCUCUGCAGCUUUUAACAGGAGCGGGUCCUCCAGCUAACGUGAUGAAACGAGAGCCGACGGCUUAGUGAGCUGUGAGGGAGCGAUGAAUAAUGAGGCAGAAGAAGAAGAAAAGAAGGCGAGGAUGAAGGUUGAGGAAAUCAGCAUUUGAAGCAAACUGGGGCUUGGGGUCGGUUCACUGGAACAAUGAUUAACUCAAAGCUGCACGCAGAGAGGUUAAAGAGCAUUUCCAAAGCAGGGGAUUCAUUCAGUCUGACUGCUGUCUGCAGAGAGGAAGUUUGUCAGCCGACCAACUAAUCCAACCGCCAUCGUCCUCCCCGUCCUACAGCAAUGGACUCAUUUAUCGGCUCAACUGCGAGAGAAACUCUGGAGCGAGUUGCAGCCUCGCUGGGCUGCAGUCCAGCCUCUGCAGAAGUGGCUUCGUACCUGGACAAACACGACAAACUGAGGCAUCUCAGAGAGAACUUUCUGUUGCCCAAAAUAGCCGAUCUACCUCCCUCUGAUCUCUCACUGGUUGAUGGCAGCAAGGAGUGCAUCUACCUCGUGGGAAACUCACUGGGGCUGCAGCCCAAAAUGGCCAGGACAUAUCUGGAAGAGGAGCUGGAUAAGUGGGCUAAAACGGGUGUUCACGGCCACACAGAGGGCUCUCGACCUUGGGCGUGGGCAGAAAACAACAUAGAAGAACUCAUGGCUAAUGUUGUUGGCGCUAAAACUGAAGAAGUGGCACUGAUGAACGGCCUCACAGUUAAUUUACACCUUCUAAUGCUUUCCUUCUACAAACCCACAGCAGCUCGGCACAAAAUCCUUCUGGAAAACAAAGCCUUUCCUUCUGAUCAUUAUGCUGUGGAAUCUCAGAUCAGGCUGCGAGGCUUCGACCCUCAGCAGAGCAUGCUGCUGCUGUCGUCCAGACCUGGAGAAGAGACUCUGAGAACAGAGGACAUCCUGGAGGUGAUCGAGAGGGAGGGCGACUCCAUCGCCGUGGUGAUGUUCAGCGGAGUUCAGUAUUACACCGGCCAGCUGUUCGACUUGGCCGCCAUCACUGAGGCCGGUCAGAGGAAGGGCUGUUACGUAGGCUUUGACUGCGCCCACGCCGCGGGAAACGUCGAGUUAAAGCUCCACGACUGGGGAGUCGACUUCGCCUGCUGGUGCUCCUACAAGUAUCUAAAUUCAGGAGCUGGUGGAUUGGCUGGAGCGUUUGUCCACGAGAAACAUAAAGACACCAUCAAACCAGCACUGUUGGGAUGGUGGGGACAUGACCUGAAAACUCGGUUCCAGAUGAAUAACGUGUUGGAGCUGCAGCCUGGUGUGAGCGGCUUCAGACUGUCCAACCAGCCCAUCCUGCUAGUCUGCCCUCUGCAAGCCAGUUUAGAGGUAUUUAACAUGACUAGUAUGCAGGAGUUACGCACAAAGUCCCUCCUGCUGACGGGUUAUCUGGAGUAUCUGAUCCAGCGUUACUACACCAAAGACCCCACACAGCCCCACAAACCUCACGUCCGUAUCAUCACGCCCUCUGAUCCUCAGCAGAGAGGCUGCCAGCUCUCACUGUCCUUCUCUGUCCCCAUCAGGAAGGUCUUCCAGGAGCUGGAGAAGAGAGGAGUCGCUUGUGACAUGAGGGAGCCCAGUGUGCUCCGGAUCGCUCCGGUGCCGCUCUACAACACCUUCAGUGAUGUUCACUGCUUCAUAGAAACACUGGGAUCAGCUCUUGCCACCACCAGCAAAUGAAUGAAGAGCGGAGUGAAGUUUAAUUGUGUUAAUUCUUCUUAUCACCUAUGUUUGAUGUCUUUUUGUCUUUUUGAAGUCCAAAUAAACUCUGUUGUGUUGUGUC